AUGGCCACCAGUCCAGGUGUACAAAAGUCACCGUAUACCUCACUUAAGAAGCUUUAUCCGUCGAUUUCUACAUUGAACUUGGCUUCAACUCUGGCUUAUUCUACUGACCAACACGAUUCUAGUAUGGCUGCCGUAGCAGAAACACAACAGAAAAAUCUAGAGCCACCUCCAGAAUUUGCAUUUGACCUACCAAAAAGAAAUCUUGUGCUUGACAGGAUAUUCGCUACGAAAAAAGUUCAACCUAUACCCUCCAUGAGUUCCCUAGGGGAGCAACAACAUCAACAACAAGCUGACACAUUAGAGGCGUUUUUUGUCAAUGCUACUCAGAAUAGUCCUAACGCUAUUAAGCCAGUCCAGCAAUUGAUUGAACGGUUGACUACCUGCCAGCAGCUUUCCAAGCAUUUAUUAGAUUACUUUAAAAUGUUGGCAGAUAUGGAACAGCAAGUCUCAAAGGUUUACCAUACUUCAGGAGUAGAAUCAGUCAGAACUGGCUUAUCCAACGCUUCCUCUUUGGACGCUUCAUCGAAUCGUAUGUCACUUCCUUCUUCUGAGGGGAACCGAAAAAAAAGCACGUCUUUUAUGUCAAGCGCACACAAAAUCAGCGACGACAGCAGUAUGUGUUCCAUGCAUACUGGACGAGGGGAGCAUGUGAAUAGCAUCAUUGAAGCAUGGAAACAUUAUCAUAACAAGGCUUCAGAGGAUCAUGUGCAAUUUGCUGCCUAUUUGAAGAGCCAGGCCAUUCCUACAUUCGAGAAUAUAAAUAGAGAACUUAAAUGGAUGAUGAAAUGCAUCAGCAAAGAUGACCGAUUGUCACUGAAGACCUUGACAAAGUUGAAGUAUGAAGCAGCCAAACGGAUAAAGGCGCUAAAUCAACAAAUUUUGUUUUUUGAAGAACACCCCUAUUACGGACAUACAAGGCAAGAUCCAUGGCUAAUGAAUGCAGGUGUUGUGGAUCAAUUAGUGAAGGUUUAUCGACAAGAGAAUAAAAUUCAUGAAACCGUCUUACGUGUUCAACAAGAAACAUGGGCAGCCGAACAACAUUUCAUUUCUGAAUUCGAACGUUUGACACAGCAACUCUAUGCCUUACGACAAGAUAAUGGACUUAUCUACAUUACUGAACUUUGGAACAGUAGCCAUAAGCGUAAAGGAAGCCAUCAUGAAGGAGGAGAACUCGACCGUCAGAGCAGCAUCGAUGUCACUCCACAACAUUACAACAUUAUAUCGGAUAAGGCCUCUUUUCGUCAUCCCGAUCAAAUCCAACUGGCCCAUCCUCUCUUGCAACCAAUACUUGCUACACGUAUGGAUGGCAAGUCGCGUGCUUUGUUUACAACCCGCUGGUUGGAUUGCAUUUAUGUACUGACCGCUGCAGGCUUCCUCCACGAAUAUCAACGGUCCGAAAACUAUCCAUCCAACCCUGAUGCUACUAUUUACGUUCCUCAUUACACGGUCAUCAUUAUAUCUACAUUCACCAACCCCCACCAUCAAUCCUUAAUGUUUCAAUUGCAGCCAAAAAUGAUAUCAGCGAAACCUGCUAUGACGAACACCUUAUCUUUGACAAACAAGCAAUGGAAAGCAACUACCAAAUCCAGGUGGAAUCACCAUUACCAAGAUAGAAAGACGUGGACACUGCGAGCAAAAUCAAUGAAAGAGAUGGAAGAAUGGGUAGCUAAUUUGAGAAAAUGUUCAGAAAAGUUAUUUGCACAGCAUAUUUCUGUGUCUCCUUCAUCUUCUACUAUAAACACGAGCAACAACCUUCCAACAUCGUUUACUGCUGCUGAACAAGACGACAGCAGCGCUACAGAUGAUGAAGCUGGAAAGAGGGAAACAACUUUAAAAGAAGAUAUAGGCAAGUUCAAAGAAGAAGAUAUCACGAAGAAUGGAUGGAUUACAAGCAAUUCAGAUAAUGCUGUGGCGGCCGCACCUUCUGCAGAAACAGGUUCUAGCUGGAUAAUCCCAACCAACAAAGGAAACGAGGAGGCUAGCGAAGCAGUAUCUAAUUUGAAGGAGACCGGAAACAAAUGGGUUCAUACAGCAGAGGUUACCAUGACAGGAUGGGAUUAA